UUCUGGAAUCGCAAUGGCCAUCAAGGUUGUAACACUCAUUUGAGUUGAGAUUGAAAUAUUCUACACAAAAUGCCUGAUAAGAUCACGGGAUCCUGCAACUGUGGACGCCAUGUCUACACCAUUCCAAUGCCAACGGAGAUGAACCUCUGUCACUGUAUGGAUUGCAAGAAGUGGGCGGGAGCAAUGCACUCAGCACACAUGUUCGUCAAGACCGAAACCAGCGAAACGAGCAGCCCAACACCCAAGUUGCACACUAUGAAUGCCGAAUCUGGUAAUCCUAUGGAGCGGGCUUGGUGCGACGAAUGUGGCUGUGGAAUCUGGUUGAAAGCAACCAAAAGCCCCGAGACGACCUACUUCAAAGCUGGUCUAUUCGAACAUGGAGAGAUCCCCCAGCCAACGAUGGAGAACUGGAUGAAGAACAUGGAGAAGUGGGAGCAGCCUGCUUUGGGUACGAAGAGGCAAGCGUAUGAUGGGAAUUGAAUUGAUACACGACGAACAGAACAUUCACGAAACGACUCACUCAUACCAGUGUCCUAGAUCGAUGCGGUA